AUGACUUUCACCGAACGAACGACGAGAUGCUUGGGCAUCUUUGCCUUGGCGCUAUCAUCAUGUGCGAUAAUGGCACAGGCUGCGCCGGAACCCGAAAUCCUAAUGCCUCGACAAUUGACGCAGAACCUUUGCUCUAAUACGAACACGGCGUCCAUGAGCGCAAAUCUCAGCACAUGGCAGACGAACGGACUAUGCACCGACUUCUGUCGAGACAAGAACUACGCCUUUGCCAUUGUCCAAUGGCAGUCCUGCUGGUGCUCUGAUGUCGCGCCGGCCGCGUCCAGUGAAGCCGAUGUGAACGACAAAUGCAACGAUAUAUGUCCCGGCUACGAUAUCGAGCACUGCGGUUCAAGACCCAACUACUACGGAUACCUGACGCUGGCGAAAACUCCCACCAGCACCGCCGGCAGCGGAAGUGACAGCUCGUCAUCGUCCAAGGCAGCAGCCAGCACUACCACACAAGUGAGUACAAUCCCCUCAGCCAUCAGCAAACCGAGAUCGACAGUUCAAACGGUGACAGCCGACGGAACCGUGAGGACCAUCUUCGUCACGCCGACUGCCACGGGCACCGAGGGAGCGACAGGUGCCUCCGAACUGACGCCCGGCAACCAAUCAUCGUCAAAUGGACCCAGCACCGGUGCUGUUGUUGGAAUCGUAGUCGGUGUGAUUGCUGCGGUCGUGGCCAUUGCAGGACUGGGACUUUUCUUGUUCUUCAGACGUCGGAGACAACAUCAAAACGAGAACGACAAAUACGACGAGCCCAGCCACCGUGGUAGUUCCGCUGGUAUGACCGGCUCGCCACGAAACCCCGAAAUGGUUGUCACUGUUGAUGGAGGACGAUGGGACCCCGACGCCUCAAGCGACCAUCGCCGAAGCCGCCUUCUUGCUCACGAUCCUCGCCUCGACCCUCUCCCGAGGGGCCUCUACGUGCACAACAAGAGUGCAGAGAGUAUUAAUACCCUACGCGAUGACCAAGAUUACUCCCGCAAGGUUCACCAGCCAGUCUUGCGGGCGACCAAUCCGGAUCCUGACACUUGA